AUGUCUGGGUUCCCCGUCCAGAGCCAUGGCUUCCAGACGUCCGUGGCCCUGGCCCAGCAGCAGACAACCUCGAUCGCCACCUCCAGGGCGCGCGCUGGACUGAAGCGGCCGUACCAGGCGCUGGUCUCGAAAGAAGACUCCGUCCAACCUCACGCGGCCAGCACGCGCGGCGUGGAUUUUGUCGCUACCACUCAUGCGCAAGCCUCUACCUCAGGCGCCGCUCGCAUCGCCGCUAGCCCGAUUCGGCACGCUACCGGCCACGCUAGCAUUAUCAUCCGUGCCAUCCCGCACUUGGCGCCGCCGACGACAACGACCACCACUGCUGCCAAGUGCAACCCCCUGCUGUCGCUGGAGCACCCGAAGUACGGCCUGCCGCCUGCCUUGGUGGCCAACUUCAACGCCGUCGGCAUCCACAGCAUCUAUCCAUGGCAGGCCUCGUGUCUGCUCGGCCGCGGCCACUUGACCGCCGAGAAGAACCUGCUCUACACAGCACCCACCGGAGGCGGCAAGUCGCUGGUCGCCGAUGUGUUGAUGCUCAAAAGAGUCAUAGAGAACCCACACCGCAAGGCUAUGCUGGUGCUGCCGUAUGUGGCCCUCGUGCAGGAGAAGCUCAAGUGGCUCCGUCGCAUCGUCCAGGACGUCGAGAAGAACCUCGGUGAUCCCCACAUCGAUCCUGCGAAACAGCAGCAGCCAUGGAGACAGCCGUCCAAGGAGAUCCGUGUAACCGGCUUUUUCGGUGGAAGUAAGUCGCGAGCGACCUGGGCCGAUACUGACAUUGCAGUCUGCACCAUUGAAAAGGCAAAUGCGUUAGUCAACACUGCCAUCGAGGAAUGUAAUAUCAAUGAUCUCGCCGUCGUAGUCGUGGAUGAAAUCCAUAUGCUGGAUGAUGACAGUCGCGGCUACCUACUAGAGUUGAUGGUGACCAAACUGCUUUUGUUGCAACAAGACAUCCAACUCAUUGGCAUGAGCGCUACUCUUUCUAAUACUGAAUUACUAGCGGAGUGGCUUCAUGCCUCCUUUCAUGCAUCGAGGCAUCGGCCCGUCCCAAUUGACGAACAUUUGGUUUACGAGAAUGCCAUCUACCCUGCUACCAGUUCGAAGGGAUUUUUCCAAACAGCCACAAAGCUUCAGUCCGUAUCAUUACUCGAUUCUGUACCCCCAUGUCGAUUGGUCGACCCGUCGCCGUUCAAGGAGUUAAGUAAUCCCACCGCGAACGUGAUGGUGUCCCUAGCUGUUGAAACAGCCACUGCUGGGUUUGGAGCCUUGGUAUUUUGCGGUAGCCGACAGGCCUGCCAGAUGAAUGCCCAGCUGAUUAGCGAGGCAAUGCCUCCGCCGUCAACAUUGGAUACAGAACUUUUGGAGAGAAGACUAGAUCUUUUGGCGGAGUUGGGAAGUCUACCAUGCGGGCUGGAUCCCGUUUUUCAGGCGACUAUUAUCAAGGGAGUUGCUUUUCAUCAUGCUGGGCUAACUACCGAGGAACGAGACCUGGUAGCGGAUGCGUAUGACCGAGGGACAGUGAAAGUUAUUGUGGCAACAUGCAGUCUUGCAGCAGGUGUGAAUCUGCCCGCCAGACGAGUCAUUAUACAAGGUGCCCGAAUGGGCCGCGACAUUGUUGGACCUGCGUUAUUACGCCAGAUGAGGGGUCGCGCAGGACGCAAAGGGAAGGACACGGUUGGGGAAACCUAUCUCAUUUGCCAGAAAGCGGAUUUGGAGGCGAUUUCUGAGAUAUGGGAUGCUGAGACUCCGGCGAUUGACAGUUGUUUAGCGCAGGAUAACAAAGGCGUGAAAAGAGCGCUGUUAGAAGGUAUUGCGACACGAUUAGUGUCUGGUCGCGAAGCCAUCGAUGAGUUCAUGAGAUGCACUCUACUCUGCCGAACGCGGGAAGAGGGUGAAAUUCAGAAGUUGACCGAAUCGAGUCUGCAGGAAUUAGUCGAGAUGGGACUGAUUCGCUUGCGUGACGAUGAUUCUUACGAAUCGACGAAGCUCGGCGCCGCCAUUGUCGCUUCUUCCUUCUCUCCGGACGACGGUAUUUUUGUGUAUGAAGAACUCAAGCGCGCGCUCCAGGCCUUUGUCAUGGAUGGAGAGAUGCACAUAUUCUAUAUGUUUACUCCGUUCAGUGUCGCUAUGAACACUACUAUCGACUGGCCUAUUUUCCGAGAUCAGCUCGAUCUUUUGGAUGAGAGCGGCAUUCGCGCGCUGCAGUUUGUUGGAGUGCAGCCUGGAUUCGUUAAUAACAUGGUCCAAUCCGGACGAACAUUCAAAGAAGAUGACCCAACCCAACUCCAGCUCUCCCGAAUCUACCGUCGAGCCUACACAGCCUUCCAACUCCGCGAUCUCAGCAACGAAAUCCCACUAUCCACCAUAGCAAGUCGCUACCGCGUCCCACGCGGCGUCGUGCAGACUCUAGCGCAGACAUGCCACGGCUUUGCAGCGGGCAUGGUCAAAUUCUGCCAGCGAAUGGGCUGGGGCAUGCUCGCCAUCGUGCUGGACCAUAUGCGUGACCGACUACAGGCCGGCGCGCGCGACGACCUGCUCGAAAUGGCGCAGGUGACGCAUGUCAAGAGCUGGACGGCGCGGUUGUUAUGGGAGAACGGGUUCCGGAGUGUGAGGGCUUUGGCAGCUGCAGAUGCGAAGGACAUUGUUCCUGUUUUGAUUAUGGCCCGCUCGCGCAAAUCGCAGUCGUAUCAGAACUCGGAGAAAGAAGCUGAGCGAUACGCGGCGAAAAUGGCUCGCAAAGCAGAAGUGAUUAUCGCGUCUGCGAAUAAGAUAUAUGAACGUCAAAUGCAGGUGGAGAUCGACGAGUGA